AUGAAGGUGAUAUUGUUUACCUUGAAUAGGGGGUGGGGGAUUAUUAUUCUCUAAUAAUUCUGAAGUAUGUCUUUAAGUUAAAGUUGACAUUUAUUGCAGGCUUUGGAUGUGCUCAUUCUACUACUCCCUGUGGCAGUCAAUCCUCUACCAUACGACACCAUGCCAGUGGAUUGUGCUGAUGUGUAUAGAAGGGGCUUUGGACACAGUGGAGUGUACACCAUCUACCCUGCAGGAGCAACCUCCCCCAUCCAGGUCUACUGUGACAUGGGCUGUGAGGACCAACCUGGGGAGGGGAAAUGGACAGUGUGUAUAGUGAAUAGACAUUUUGUUGAUAGUGUUUUGAGCUUCAUCAAAGUUUGUUUCACUACCACUACCUCAGGGCUCAAUCCAUGUUGUUGUUUGCACAAUUAACAUUUGAAGUAGAAAAUGUUAUCAACCGGAGAGAUGGAUAAACAUUCCCCUGGUGUGGAACAUCUCAAAUUUCAGUGGAAAUGGGACAGUGAACUUUUACCGUGGAUGGGACCAAUACAGGAGUGGGUUUGGGCAGGCAUCUGGAGAGUACUGGUUAGGUAAGAGCAUGAUGCACUGGACACAUUUGAAAUGUCUAUGCUGAGAUACUAAAUGAAUUAAAUGUCUGUUAAUGUGUAUUAUUACCAUCUUUAGUGCUCAUGUUCUCCACCAUCACCUUGUGCUGUCCCUCAGGCCUAGAAAACAUCCAUCUUCUCACUCAGAGGCAGAAGUACGAGUUAAGGGUGGACAUGGAGGACUUUGAAGGGGCUAAAGUCUAUGUCCAGUACUCCUCCUUCUCUGUCUCCUCUGAGCAUGAAGGAUACACGCUGCAUUUAAGUGGCUUCAAAGAUGGAGGUGCAGGUGAGUCUAUAGAGCAUUUCAAUUUCUCCUCCUUUCACGUGAAAUAACAGUAUUAUAAAUCUGAAAUGACUACUUGGUAGAUACAGUAUGAAGAAAGUAAUACUGGAAAUGGAAAUGUGGAACCAUGUGUCCAUUCUACAUUUCAGGGAAAUCUAUGGACGAACACAAUGGGCUGAAGUUCUCCACCUUCGACAAAGACCAGGACAGUUAUGCUUCAAACUGUGCUCAAUCAUAUCUAGGAGGAUGGUGGUAUGGAGAAUGCCACAGUGUCAAUCCCAAUGGGGAAUAUCUGUGGGGCAACUCAAUCUAUGGUAUUGGUAUCAACUGGGUGUCUUGGAAAGGUUAUAAAUACUCUUUAAAAGCCAUUAAGAUGAAGAUAAGGCCUGUGGAAUAAGUUCAGAACCUCUCAUACUCAUAUUUUUGUCUAUAUUGCAUUCAAAUAUUACCUUUCAAAUUAUGAAAAUAUUGGGAAAGCAACUGAAGUUUAAACAUUUUAAAGCAAAUAACUUGAAGGGAAAAAAGUUUUGCCUCGUUUUAUUUAAGUGUUGCCAGUCUUACCAUAAACCUUCAUAUUACACUGUUAAAAUACAGCAGUAAAGCACUAAUAUCCUCUAAAAGCUGAAGGAACAGUUGAAGGAGUCCAGAUUGGUGUGAGACACACAUACUCUUUCUUAGGGCUCAAUUCAAUCCGAUUAAAUCUGAAGAUCCGAGCUACAGCGCGAUUCAAAUGUAAAGGCAAUGUUUCCAUGAUUGCAUUCAUGGUUAACAUUUACAUUUUAGUCAUUU